AUGAGCGUCUUCAAAGAGAGGCUCCACUUAAACAAAUCACCCCAGCUACCAUUAUAUAAGGACAAGCCAUCCACACAGUCGACAACUGCUUUCGUUCCGCUAAGAGGAAGGCCCAAUCUGAAAAAAAUCAUGCUUCUUAAAGCGUUUGCCCUGUCGGUAGUGGUGUACUUAUUCUACCUCGUCAUCAGUUCCACUCCCUCCCCCAGAUUGCCAUUCAAAAGAAACUGGGCGUCUGCAAAAAAUGAAGUCCGUGACGUCUUUUUGGAGUCAUGGCAUGCCUACGAGGAUGCUGCCUACGGCAAAGAUAUAUACCACCCGGUAAAGGGAACGGGAGAGAACAUGGGCCCUAAACCCUUAGGGUGGAUCAUUGUCGACUCCUUGGACACAAUGUUGAUCAUGGAUACCAAGGAUGAGUUUGAAAGAGCAAAGAAAUGGGUGCGUGACGACUUGAAUUAUCAUUUCGACUAUAACGUCAAUGUAUUUGAGACCACCAUUCGUAUGCUUGGUGGUCUCUUGUCAGCAUUCCAUCUUUCUAAUAGUGACAUUUUCUUAGAUAGGGCUGCAGACUUGGCCAAUGCCCUCAUUGGGGGCUUCAAUUCGCCUUCUGGAUUACCUUAUUCUUCCGUGAAUUUGUACAGUGGGGAAGGGAUCAAAAACCAUGUGGAUAACGGUGCUUCAUCGACCGCAGAAGUUGCUACUUUGCAACUUGAGUUUAAGUACUUGGCCAAAUUGACUGGUGAAGACUUGUACUGGAAGAAAGCUGAGAAGAUCAUGAAGGUCUUGGACGCAAACCAGCCUAAAGAUGGACUUGUUCCUAUUUAUGUGAACCCUGACACUGGAAAAUACCAGGGUAGCUUGAUAAGAUUAGGAUCCCGUGGUGACUCCUACUAUGAGUACUUGUUGAAACAGUACUUACAAACUGAUCAAGAGGAGCCAAUCUACUGGAAGAUGUACAAGGAGUCCUUGGAAGGUGUGAAGAAGCACAUGACAAGAAAGUCUAAACCAAACGGCUUGACAUUUAUUGGUGAGCUUCCACGUGGAAUUGGCGGGAACCUUUCGCCGAAGAUGGAUCACCUUGUGUGCUUUUACGGUGGAUUGUUGGCUCUCGGAGCAACUGGUGGCAAGACUUUGAAAGAGGCAAAACUUCUGUCAAAUUGGGACGCCGACAAAGAGGCUGAUUUCAAAUUUGCCGAAGAAUUGACAUACACCUGCUACAAGAUGUACGCAGAUGUGGUCACUGGCUUGUCUCCAGAGAUUGUAGUCUUCAACGAGGAUGAGUCUAAAGACAGAGAUUUCUACAUCAAGCCAGCAGACACACACAACUUGCAGAGACCCGAGACUGUGGAGUCGAUCUACUAUUUAUACAAGCUUACCGGUGAUGAAAAGUACAGGAGAUGGGGGUAUGAGAUUUUCCAGAAUUUCGUGAAGCAUACCAAGGUGGUGAGCAAGAACGGGAAAACGACUUACAGUACACUCAAGGAUGUCACCAAUCUAACGCCCAACUUUGGAGACAACAUGGAAUCAUUCUGGCUCGCAGAGACCUUGAAGUAUUUGUAUUUAUUGUUUGACGACGAUAACAAGAUUCCGCUUGAUAAGUAUGUCUUCAACACCGAGGCGCACCCGUUCCCACGUUUCAAGAUGGGCACUUUAUUUAAGACGGGAUGGCAAAGAGCCUUUGACGACCCAAGAAACGCUGUUAGAUUCCCUGACGCUAUUGGUGCCACUGAGCAUACAGCAAGAAAGCAGGAGCCUCCCAUCGAUAAGAAAAACCCACCGAAGGCAGCACCCGCGGCGAAGAAGAUCGAUGAAGAGGUGAAAGAGGAAGUGAAGAAGAACCCACUGCUUAAAGAAGAGCCAGGAAAGCUCAAGAAGGCCGAACAAGAAGUGCUUCACGCUAUGAACAGCUGA